GGGAGAGUGCGGAAAUCCAUUCGCAUCACUUCGUCCACGCGCUUCCUUCAUGACAAAGUGCUUUUUCCUACUGGAAUAGCACUGCUGCUUCUUGUACACACACACAAAAGCAAUAUACUAUUUGAGACAUCGUCACCUCCAAAAUGUAACCUGUGCAGCUGCAUGGCCAUGCAGAACGGUGGCUCUGCAUGCGUUUGACCCCGUUUUGUGCGGGACAGUACAAGUCAUUGCUGUUGCCCACGAUGUCCACUGGAGGGCGCACUGACGAGCACUUUCCACCACCCCCCCCCCCCCCCCCCCCGACCAUCUCGAAUUGGCUGCAGCUCAAAAUUGCACGUCUGAUAUCGAUGGCUCUAAAGUGGCCCCUUCCUGCAGCAGACGAAACCCAACUCCACGUGACAUGCUGUGCUCUGCUAAAAUGAAUCCCUCCUGGAAAUAUUUGAUGAGCGAAUGACGACGACGACGCCAUCAUCAUCCUCCUCAUCCUCGCAGCAAUCGGAUGACUCGGGCGCGCACCCCCCUCUGCGUUGAUGAUCAAUUUAGCAGCGGCGGUCACGGGACCCCCCCCCCCCCCCCUCCCCGCUAUUUAUUAGGAUUUGACACUCAAAUACAUUUUUAGCGAGCGUUGCAAAGCGCGUCAAAUGUUUCGUCGAAGUGGCCCCCGGCCCCCGAGUUUGGGCACCGCCGAACUAUGACCCCGGGCGAGCGAGUACGUCGCGGUCGGGAACGCACAUGCGCGGAGGCGCCGCAGCGGCCGAGCGCCGGCGACGGAGCGGACGGAGGAUGAAGGCGGCUGCGGAGGCGGACGAUCAUGCGGUGGAGCGGCGACGGGCUGCGCGCCGUCGUGUCCGGCGCGCUCCUCUCCGCGUGCGCCCUCGGCGAGCUGGUGCUCGGGUUGCGCUGCGUCUCGCUGGGCUCCGGCGUGAGGGAGCCCUUCCGCCUCGGCGGCGCCGCGGCCGGAGCCUUCUACUCCGCGCUGCUCGUAGGCGGCGGCCAGCUCCUCCUGGGCGUCGCGCUGCGCCGGCGACGGCGCCCGCGCCCGCGCGGCGCCAAUCUGGUCCUGCCGGGGCUCGUGGUCUUCUUGCUGGGGAUCCUCACCGCCUUCUCCGGCGCCGUGGUGGACGGGGACGCCGCGUCCCUGGUGCGGAGGAAGUACGCCCGCCACUGCGCGCCCUCGGGCCGGGCGAGCCGCGCCUGCGAGGCGCUGCGGGAGUACCAGCGGACUUUGGUCAUGUCCGCGGCGCUCAGCGCGCUCGAGUGCCUGCUGGGGCUCGUCAACCUGGCGCUCAUCCAAAGGUACGAAGCGGCCCGGCGCAGGCAGGGGCGGGGGUCCUCGGCGCACCUCCGGCCGGUGUCCUACGUGGAUUUAGCCGCCGCGGACGUGCUGGGCGAGAGCGGCGCGGAAGCCCGGCGCGGCGGGCACCCGUCCGUCGAGCUGCCGGGCUACUCGCCCGCGGACCCGCGACUCGACCGCUGCUUCCCUUCCUCCUACCCGCCGCCCGGUCAGGUGCCGCCGGUUUACGAGGACGUCUUCCCCGCCGGGGAGCGCGUGAUUUUCGGACAAUCGCGCGUUUCCGCGCGCAUUGAGCGCCACGGCGGGGCGACCUUGCAGUCGGAGGACAACUCGAGUUUCUCUGUGAAUAUUUGCUCUUCACGUUUAUACCUGUGAAUAAAAAGGAUAUUUAACCUCACUCCCCCCCCACCCCAAAAUAUUCUGGAGAGCUUUGUUGUUACUUCAGGUAGUGCGGUGGCGUGCAAAAGAGGGGGGGGGGGGUCGUGGGUCAAACUGCCCGCUGCAGACAUAUUUAAGAUGCGCCAAGCAUCGCUUUGACUUUGUGCCUAUCAAAUUGCGCUCCCGAGCUGCGCCACAACUUUUGGGAAGCGACUAACCCGAAAAUGCCAAAUGAUUAUUAUUACUAUUAUUUUCUUCAGCUGAGACAGAGGAUUGCCAAAUGCUGGUCAUUUCGAGGCUGGCGCGCAAGACACAACACGAGCACUGCUGGAGCUGACAACUUCUAACAAUUGCCUUCGAUCCGCUCAUUCACGGGGAAUAUCUCGCUUCUCCGAAUCUGGCGUUGCCGUUGUGGACGCUCCCUGAGUCUCGGUCCUUCCCGUUUCCCGACAGAUAAAAGAUCUCAAUCGAUCAAGACCAAAUCAACUGUUUAUUUAUUUAUUUGGGGGGGGGGGGGGGGGUGUGUGUCCUGUUCGGCUGUUAGGUCAAACAGAAAGCAGGAUCUGUAUUGUUAUUAUUGUUAUGUCUUUUUGUGACACCGGUCCCGGAAUCAUGCAUGCAUGUCCAUGACAAUAAAGGUGAUUGUUGUUGU